GUGAUUUGAGAGCUUUGGUUCAGGUGGAAAGAUACCAACUUUCAGUGACCCUUCUAAUCUUUUAUCUUCUCUGUCCCUCACUCCUUCCUUCUUCCUCUUACACACACUUAUAAAUAUAUUUAUAUAUAUAUAUAUAUAUAUAUAUAUAUAUAUAUAUAGCUUCUGGAUCUUCUUCCACCUCUUAACGGAUCUCAGAUUCCAACAUCUAUCUCCUUUUGGCUCUCCAAAUUUUUAUUUCAGUUCUGAAUCUCCUUAAAUUCUGUGUUUUUUUUUUGGUGUUCAAAGAAAAAGAAAUGAGUGAAAGCAUGUAACUCUGUAGUCAAAGAGUGAAGGGUGCAUAGCAGCAGGUUUUCAGCUUUGGAAAAUUCACUUGGCAAAUUGUUUUAUUUUUUUUUUCUCCUUUCACUGCUUUACAUUUUUUUUUGUCAUUGACAAUUUACUUUUCUCUCCAAGCUCUUUUUUCUCGUACCUGUUUUUUUUUUUUUUUCCUGCAUCCUAAUUUCACUUUGUUUGAGUGUUCCUUUUUUCCUUGGUCACUUUUUACCAUGAUGUUUAACAUGGUGGUUGCUUUCAAUUCUCAUAGUUGAUCCAAAAGGGUACUUGAAAGUGUGUCUCUUUUUUUUUUUUUUUUAGACUUUCUAUUUUUGAGCUGAGGAUGAUGGAGUGUAGGAGAAAGAAGGAGAAUCAAAAUCCCAACUCCACUUUCCCUGAUGAGGUGUUGGAGCGAAUUUCAGGGAUGUUAAAGUCCCGCAAGGACAAAAGCACGGUUUCUUUGGUUUGCAAAGAGUGGUACAACGCAGAGAGAUGGUCAAGGAGGAGUGUGUUCAUAGGUAACUGCUACUCUGUGUCUCCUGAGAUCUUAACUCGCAGGUUCCCAAACAUUAGAAGUGUUACACUGAAAGGGAAGCCUCGUUUCUCUGACUUCAACUUGGUUCCUGCCAAUUGGGGUGCUGAUAUUCAUUCAUGGCUUGUGGUGUUUGCUGGCAAGUACCCUUGGCUUGAGGAGUUGAGGCUCAAGAGGAUGACUGUUACUGAUGAGAGCUUGGAGUUUCUGGCUCUCCAAUUCCCCAAUUUCAAAGCACUUUCCCUUCUCAGUUGUGAUGGAUUCAGCACUGAUGGACUGGCUUCAAUUGCCACUAAUUGCAAGAAUUUAACUGAACUUGACAUACAAGAGAAUGGUAUUGAGGAUAAGAGUGGCAAUUGGUUGGGUUGUUUCCCAGACAGCUUCACAUCAUUGGAAGUAUUGAACUUUGCCAAUCUGCACAACGAUGUAAAUUUUGAUGCACUCGAGAAACUCGUCUGUAGGUGCAAAUCAUUAAAGACUUUGAAGGUUAACAAAAGUGUGACACUAGAACAGUUACAAAGGCUUCUUGUUCAUGUUCCUCAGUUAGGUGAACUUGGUACUGGCUCAUUUUCACAAGAGUUGACAGCACAGCAGUGCUCAGAUCUUGAAAGUGCGUUCAAAAAUUGUAGAAAUCUUCACACCCUUUCAGGGUUAUGGGUAGCUACAGCACAAUAUCUCCCAGUUCUGUACUCUGCUUGCACAAAUCUAACUUUCUUGAAUUUUAGUUAUGCUCCUCUUGACAGUGAUGGUCUUGCUAAGCUUCUUGUUCACUGUCCUAAGCUUCAGCGCAUCUGGGUUGUGGACACUGUUGAAGACAAGGGGCUAGAAGCUGUUGGAUCACACUGUCCAUUGCUUGAGGAACUGCGUGUUUUUCCUGCAGAUCCCUUUGAUGAGGGCAUUGUUCAUGGGGUUACUGAAUCAGGGUUUAUUGCAGUCUCUCAAGGAUGUCCAAGACUUCACUAUGUUCUAUACUUUUGCCGUCAAAUGACCAAUGCUGCUGUUGCUACUGUUGUGCAAAACUGUCCUGACUUUACUCAUUUCCGACUUUGCAUCAUGCACCCUGGUCAGCCAGAUUACUUGACGCAAGAAUCAAUGGAUGAGGCCUUCGGAGCUGUUGUUAAGACUUGCACUAAACUCCAGAGGCUUGCAGUAUCAGGUUAUCUGACUGACCUAACUUUUGAGUAUAUAGGCAAGUAUGCAAAAAACUUGGAAACUCUUUCGGUGGCUUUUGCUGGAAGCAGUGAUUGGGGCAUGCGCUGUGUGCUGGAUGGCUGUCCGAAGCUGAGAAAACUCGAGGUAAGGGACUGUCCUUUUGGCAAUGGGGCUCUUCUGUCAGGCUUGGGCAAGUAUGAGUCAAUGAGAUCGCUGUGGAUGUCAGACUGCAAUUUGACAAUGAACGGCGUUAGAUUGUUGGCCAAAGAAAUGCCUAGGUUGAAUGUUGAAGUCAUAAAGGAAGAAACCUAUGAGACUCAUCAGGCUAAAAAAGUUUACGUUUAUCGUUCUGUUGCUGGGCCAAGAAGGGAUGCCCCUCCUUUUGUUCUCACUCUCUGAAAUGCUAUCUCUACUCCUACAUUGAGGCUCAAGAAAUGCCCUUGGUGGGAGGAAGAAAGGGGGAUUCUGCAUGAUUCAACCUACAAUAAUGUUGCCAAUGCUUGAUUUUUCUCUUGGUACAUCAUAAAGCAAGCUUUUUUGACAUCCUAUAAUUGCAAUACUUGCCUUAUUGAGAUUAUAGCUGGACCCACCAAGAGAAAUAAUGUAAACUAUCCAGGAAGUCACAGCAAAUGUGAGCUAAAUUAAUGGGUUCCUAAGCAAUUAUUGUGAACAAUAUCCAUAUGCAUGAAAAAUAGUGCAUUGAUUACAGACAGAAAGUUCUAUAAUUCAAGAGGAUCAUGGCAGAAGUUUGUACUUAUCUGUGGUCUUUUGCUGCUUACUGAAGACAAUAUGUUGUUCUGAUUGAAAUCUCUAUUCAAGAGAAUGCAACGUUCCCUUCUGAAAAUGGCGGAAAUCAUGUCAAUGAAUGAGAUUAAAUAAAAGUGGUUCAUGCUUGAUUGGAAGCAUUGUGUAGCAGCAAUUUUUAUCCAUAUGCAGAUCAAAUUUUUGGGUUUUGAUAAUUAAAAAUGAUUUCAUGAAAUGAAAAUCAUUUACUGGGCAAUAGGUAAUCUUUUUGUCCUCCAUCAUGAGUAUAUAUUUACAGUAGGGGAAUUCUCGAACAACUUAAGGUGGAUCUUCCUCGUGUCAAUACAACAAUAGCUUGAUUUAUUUCAUUAGGUACCAUUUCAUUCAAAUACGUGAGUUUUUUUUGGGAA